AUGGAUGCCAACAUUCGCCCGCCUCCCGACAUCAAAAAACUUCUUGUUAUCGUGAAACGGCUAUGGGCAUCUGAUGAUGCACCCCUUCCCGGAGGAACAGCGACCCAGGCCGAAAUCGACGAAGCGCAGAAGGGCUCCGUUGACAAAGGAGAGCCGCUCAAAUCUGGGCUUUGGCCGACCACCAAGGAGGCCUUCUCCUCCUCCUCAACCGCCUCCAAGGGCUAA